GUCUCCCCCCCUGAGCGGCGCGCUAGCGGCGGGCCGGGAAGGACCUGACGACCGACCUCCACAGGGGUUGGCCGCUGCGAUGCCUGAUCACAGCGGCUGUAGCCAUACCAUAUGGGACACCGCACUCGGUUCAAUUAAGUGUUCGGCGACUAGCUUUCUCCAGUCGGGAACCCGGCCCAGCUCUGGAGAGUCCGCAAGGCCCGGCUAGCCGGUCCCCCGGCGGGGGGCCCUCCCGGCGAUCUGAGGAGCAGCCCAGGACACGUCAGUCUUACCACUUACGUCUCACUCGCGGGGACCUCAGCCCGGCGGAAAGCUCCUUUUCUGGAGCCUAGAGGGGGCCACGCUCCCGAUGCUGCGGCCGGUGAGCAGCUCCGUCCACGGUCUUUCGGGCAGUGGCUACGGCUGAGGCCUGGCUCCCGGGACGCGGACGCCACCGCGGGGUGAGAGUCGCUGCUGGGCCGCUCACCCGUCCCCGGGACUGUCCAGGAAACGGAUCCCGGUUGGUGGCUGGGUAUACACCUAGUGGACGCCACGGAGCUUUUGCCGGCUGAGCCGGUGGCACUCGCCACAGACUGCAGAGGACGAGCUCAGAGAGGUCCCCAACCCGGGUAGAGGUGAGGCUUUGGGCGUCGCUGUGCUGGGACAUCGAGGGCACAGGCCGUGCAAGUGUCCUGGAAUCUGCAUCUCAACUCACUGCUUCUCCCCCAACCCGCCAUGAGUGGCCACCCGCCAAAAAAUACUGCUACUGUGUGAAGGAACUCUGGCUAGUCUUCUGCAUAGUGAGACCAUAUGCAGCAGAGACAGACAAUCCCAGCUAAGACGAGACCACCAGAAGAACCACCCAACUGAACCCAGCUCAACUUGCAAAAAAAAAAAAAAAAGGUUGUUUUAGGCCAGAAAAACAUUUUAAGGUUAAGAUUCCUUAGAAUAUGUUUCUACAACACCUUGCGAUUCUCUGUAAUAUUUUCACAUGUGUGUUUCUCAUGCUAGAUAAUAAAACUCUAGGAGCACAGGGUCUCUAUUGGCCUUAUUGGUUAUUUUAUCCCAGUACUCAGCACACUGCCUGGCACACAGUGGGUGCUCAAUAAACAUGAAUGGUUGAAGGGAUUAGAUCUAUGGAGGGUGGAGAGGGGAGGAGUCUCAUCAAAUUGUAGAAGUUGCCUCGGAGAAUAUCUUCCAAAGUGCACUUCAUUCUCAAGUCUUAUGGCCAAUGAUGGAAAGAAGGUGAAUUGUGAUGUAUGUGGAACAUGGGACCUUGGGGAGUUCCGUAACCAGGAGGAAGAAGUAACAACAGCUAGUGGAGACAAAAAGAACUGCUUCUCCCUUCUUUCCCCUCUACGUUUCUAGUGAGAGUUGAGCCCAGCAUCCCAGACUUGGGUGACUAUAUAGGCAAGCUUUCAAAGACUAACUUUACUUUGGUACCCUAACCCCUCCUGGCUUUCUGAGCAGAAAAUAGGCUUUUAAGUAGCAUUACUCCCUGCUCUUAGCAAGCCCAACACCAUGGGGAAGGAAGACACCUUGGCAGCACCAGCCACCUCAGCCUACCGCUCUGUCAUGGAGGAGUAUGGUUACGAGUUGGGCAAGGUGAUUGGCAAUGGCUCCUAUGGGAUGGUUUAUGAGGCUUACUACACAAAGCAGAAGGUCACAGUGGCUGUCAAGAUUAUCUCAAAGAAGAAGGCCUCUGAGGAAUAUCUUAACAAGUUCCUGCCCCGUGAGAUACAGGUAAUGAAGGUCCUGCGGCACAAGUACCUCAUCAACUUCUAUCAGGCCAUCGAAACCACAUCCCGAAUAUACAUCAUUCUGGAGCUGGCUGAGGGUGGUGACGUCCUUGAAUGGAUCCAGCGCUACGGGGCUUGCUCUGAGCCCCUUGCUGGCAAGUGGUUCUCCCAGAUGACCCUGGGCAUGGCCUACCUGCACAGCAAGGGCAUCGUGCACCGGGACUUAAAGUUGGAGAACCUGUUGCUGGACAAGCGGGAGAACGUGAAGAUAUCGGACUUUGGCUUCGCCAAGAUGGUGCCUUCUAACCAGACUGUGCACAAUAGCCCUUCUUACCGCCAAGUGAACUGGUUUUCCCACCUCAGCCAGACCUACUGUGGCAGCUUUGCUUAUGCCUGUCCGGAGAUCUUGCAGGGCUUGCCCUACAACCCUUUCCUGUCUGACACCUGGAGCAUGGGCGUCAUCCUCUACAUGCUCGUGGUCGCCCGGCUGCCCUUUGAUGACACCAAUCUCAAGAAGCUGCUGAAAGAGACGCAAAAGGAGGUCACUUUUCCAUCUAACUACUCCAUCUCCCAGGAGUGCAAGAACCUGGUCCUGCAGACGCUACGCCAAGCCACCAAGCGUGCCACCAUCCUGGACAUCAUCAAGGAUCCUUGGGUGCUCAAGUUCCAGCCUGAGCAACCCACCCACGAGAUCAGGCUGCUUGAAGCCAUGUGCCAACCCCCCAGCACUACUAAUCAGCACCAAUCCGUGGAAAUUAAUACCUAAAAGUGGUUGAGGGAGGGGGUUAAGGGAGGAGCAAAGCAGGAGGGUCUGGGGCUAACAAUCUUUUAUAUGAAAAAAUAAAUCUUUUUCUGAUUUAGUUUCAUCA